AGGCUACUGUAUGGUGGUGAGGAAGGGAGUGCGGAGCAAUGGCUUUCCCGGAGCCAAAACCGCGGGCCCCGGAGCUGCCUCGGAAGCUGUUGAAGACGUUGGACUGCGGGCAGAGGGCGGUGCGAGCCGUGCGAUUUAAUGUGGAUGGCAAUUACUGUCUGACUUGCGGCAGCGACAAGACCCUGAAGCUGUGGAGCCCGCUGCGAGGGACGCUACUGCGGACGUACAGCGGCCACGGCUACGAGGUGCUGGACGCGGCAGGCUCCUUUGACAACAGCAGUCUCUGCUCCGGCGGCGGGGACAAGGCAGUGGUGCUGUGGGAUGUGGCAUCGGGGCAGGUCGUGCGCAAAUUCCGGGGCCACGCGGGGAAGGUGAACACAGUGCAGUUUAAUGAAGAGGCCACAGUUAUCCUGUCUGGCUCUAUCGAUUCCACCAUCCGCUGCUGGGACUGCCGCUCACGGAGACCUGAGCCCAUACAGACGCUGGACGAAGCCAAGGAUGGCAUAUCCAGCGUGAAGGUGUCAGACCAUGAGGUCCUCGCAGGCUCCGUAGAUGGCCGGGUAAGGCGCUAUGACCUGAGGAUGGGGCAACUCUUCUCAGACUACGUGGGCAGCCCCAUCACCUGCACCUGCUUCAGCCGGGACGGGCAGUGCACCCUGGUGUCCAGCCUGGACUCCACGUUGCGGCUUCUAGACAAGGACACAGGGGAGCUGCUGGGCGAGUACACGGGCCAUAAGAACCAGGAGUACAAGCUGGACUGCUGCCUGAGCGAGCGUGACACACACGUGGUCAGCUGCUCCGAGGACGGGAAGGUGUUCUUCUGGGACCUGGUGGAGGGUGCCCUGGCGCUGGCCCUGCCUGUAGGUCCCAGUGUGGUACAGUCGCUGGCCUACCACCCCACGGAGCCCUGCCUGCUGACCGCCAUGGGGGGCAGCAUCCAAUGCUGGCGGGAAGAGACCUACAAGGCUGAGGAUGGCACAGGCUGAAGCCAGGGGACCCACGACCAAGGACAGAGAGAGACAGCCUGAGGAGGACCACUGAGACCGUGUAUUCUAGACAUGCUGCUGACCAAGGAGUUGGGAGGAGCUGGGUCUGCAAACUAAUAAAUAGAGGAGGUGGUGAGGCCUCUCUGGGGCUGCA